AUGUUGAAAGAUGGCCCUAGAUCACGGGCUUUUGUCCGAGUCUCCAUUGUGCUACUAAGGGCAGUAGCUCCGUUGAGCGCAGCAUAUUGCAUCGCAAGGCUAGCGGGCUGGAGACCGCCGUUGCUCUCCGGUGUCCUCUAUGCUGUGGAUGCAUACGCUGGCACUGAGGCCGCCUUCUGCUUCGUUUGUCGAGUACGGAGAUGGUGGUUGAACCGCCCAGCUCCACAACAUCCACUGAAGUUUUCGCCUGAGGAGCGGAAGGAACUGUUCGCUAGGACAUGGAAGGGAACGCCAAAUCCUCGUGGCUACCUCAGCCUUUGGUUCAAAGGUGUUCCCAUUGAAGAUUUGUGUCGUGAAGAUAUCAAAGACUGGAUCUCGUGGCGGAUGUGGAACGAAAUUGAAAGGUCUGGACUCAAUGAAGAUGAGCUUGAGGACUACCUCGUCCAUGCGGAAAAGGUUCUCAACUGGAAGUUCCCUGAUGGUCGGUCCACACAUACAUCCAUGGCGGUGACAUUUGAGCCGCUGCCUAUCAUUCAUCGUCCCCUGCUGUGGUAUUGUUUCAUUGGCGGUGCAGAUCUCGAGAUGUGCGCCUUCAUGCGAUAUUUUGGCUUUAACUUCCACAGCGGUGGUUUCUCGCGGCUAUUGACCUCGCUGCCCAUCCGACCCUGGGCAAUCCUGACGCUUCAGCGUUCCCCAUCUCCACAAAUCCCUUACUGGUGUCUACCACAUACGUCGCCAGAUCACAUCCCCAUCCUGUUCAUUCACGGUGUCGGAGUGGGACUGCACUUCUAUCUGAACUUCUUCAAGGAUUUCCUCAGCGAGCUGAGGCCGCUGGGGAUUGGCAUGAUUGCUCUCGAGAUUCUUCCCAUCAGCUCGCGCAUUACUGGGCCUUUUCUACAGGAAGCGCAAACAGCGCAAGAAAUCCAGAAGAUCCUCAACCAACAUGGCUGGACACGAUGCGUCGUUAUGAGCCACAGUUACGGGUCAGUGGUAGCAGCGCACAUGCUACACGAUCCUUCAACGAGCCACAUGAUCGGACCGAUGGUCUUUGUGGACCCUGUUGCAUUUUCCUUCCACCCUCCUGAGGUCGCGUGGAAUUUCUUGCGGAGGAGGCCAACCACCGCCAGCGAGAUUCAGCUACACUAUUUUGCCUCCACAGACCCUGACGUAGCGUACACUUUAACCAGACGUUUCAUCUGGUCUGAAAACACCCUAUGGCGAGAAGAUGUCGAGCAUAGAGCCAUUGCCCAAGACGGAUCGGGGAAGAGGUGCACAAUCACCUUGGCUGGUAAGGACAUCAUCACCGAUACCAACACUCUAGGAUGCUAUUUGACCAGGUCUGAAGUCGAAGGAGAAUCUUGGUAUGAGCAAGAGGAUGCGCUUGACGAUGAUUGGAAGCACUCCAAAUGGGCCGGGAAAGGGCCUCUCGAAGUGAUAUGGUUUCCGGAUCUGAAUCAUGCGGAGGUAUUCGAUGACGCAAAAGAUCGGCGACUGCUUUUGCAAGUCUUAGAAGUGUACUCUAGCGACGGAGUAGGAGCAUUACAUGAAAUCGACACAUGA